AUAAAAGGGAAGCCAUAAUCGGUUCGAGUCAUCAAUUCAGGAGCUCAUCUCACCCGCAACAAGCUGCCUUAAGAACCUUCUCACCAGAUUGAAGCUAAACUAGUCAAGAUGAUGAUCAAAGUAGCUCUUGUGCUCUGUGCUAUUGUGGCAACCAGUAUGGUGUGCGCAAAGAAUUUUGAAGAGCAAGCAGAGCAAGAUGCAUUGGACACUUUGCUGAAUAUGAUGCUCUCGGAGGAAGUUGCAUCUCCUGAUGACGCUGUUGCCUUGCAGAGCUGGUUCAGUCGCGCGGCUCAUAAAGUCAGUCAUGCAGUUAGGAGUGGCAUCCACGCUGGACAGGGCGUGUGCUCGGGGCUUGGUCUUUCUCCAGAAGAAGCUCGCGUUAAAAUUCUGUCUGCGGUCCCAGGGAUGAGAGAAGAGGAUCUCAGCGAAGAGGAUCUUCGAGCGAUCUGCGCUGGUGCACAUGCCCUUGGCCGUUAGACUCGGAAGGGAUCGUGAUACAACAUUUGGAACGCUUGAUGCUGAUUCUUCCUUGAGAAACAAUGAAAUAAAAGCAAGAAAUUGUCAACUUCCAUCAUGUUUUUGCAAUUUCCUUAUAUUAAUUAGAAUCUUCUUUAUCACUCCUGUAUUGUUAAAAUCCUUAAACCUUGUUUUCCCUCUAAAAUGAAAUGACGGUGAGUGGUUUUUGAUUAUUAAUACAUAUUUUGCCUUUAAUUUAAUGUAUCCAAUCAUUAUACAUCUUUCAAAGGUGUUUACAAAUAUGUAGGGUUAAAAGUACACCAACCUUAAAAUCUAGCAUAACACUACAGCUUUUCAUCAAAAGCUUGAAAUUAAAAAUGUUCCCUCUGUUUUGCUCUUUUUUUUUCCUAAAAAAAAGUACCAACAACAAGACAUUGUAAGCAUGGUAUAAGGGGAAUAAUAAAUAGUAUUGGUAAUAAUGCUGAUAAUAAAAUCACAUGAACUUGCAUACCAUA